AUGGACGACCAGGAGGACGAGGACGAGGAAACACUCCAGUUGAAGUUGCAGGAAAUACAGGCUCGGUUGAGGUUGAAGAAACUCCAGAGUGCAAGGGAGAGGACUGCGGGAGCUGUGUCUCCCAGGCGCAGAUCACCACCGCCGCAACAGCAGAGGCCGGCAUCAAGAGUCCUAGGGCUUGGCGCAAGUCGAGUGGCUCCACGGCCCGAGUCGCAAGCUGCGAUCGAAGUUCCCGUUUCUCCCAUUCGGAAGACGCAGCCCCCACAAUCACAGACAUCGCCGAGUCGAGUCCUGCUAGGCAUCGACAAAGGUCUCAAGGGAAAGGAUGUUUCGCUGAAACGAGCACCAAGUGUGCUGCGCAGGAAUGCAAACUCUCAAGAUGGACAGCAGUUCGGCGGUUACCUUCAAAGGUCGAGGACCCCGGCACCUCAGAGCGAGAUUCAACGACCAUUGAGUUUCAACGAGAGGUUAGCCGCGGCAAGGACGCAAGAGGUUGACCGUCAGGAUUUGAGAGACAGGGUUAGGCAGGCCCGGUCUGCAGUGUUUGACAUCGGACAGAAGGAGAUUGAGCAUUUCAAAGAGAAGGCGGUCGACCUUCCAGAGCAACCCGAUGCUGCGCCGCAGUUCAGUAGGGAGGACAUCCUAGGUGGUAAGGACAAUCCCGAACAUGGACAAAGGAAACUCGACAGAAUACCUUCGCUGUCGGCGCCGGCGUCAAAAGACGACCAUGAUCCCCAAGGUCUCUAUGAGCCCCCACCCGACUGGAUGAUGGCUGGGCAGAAACCCAAAAAGGUCGCGCCUGCAGAUGUGCCCGAGGCCGAAGCGUCAGCUUUCGAACCAUACUCUAGCUUUCAUCUUUCACAGCGCAUCCUUCCUCAUCAGGUCUUGACAAGGACCUUGUCCGGGAAGAAGAUCUUCCAAAUGCCGGAACUGCUGCGCAAAGUCAAAGGCCCGGAGUUUCAGCUUCCAGAUAUCGAACAGGAUAUCGUCGUCUUUGCCAUUGUGGCAAAAAAAUCAGAGCCUCGUCAACACAAGCCCCGGCCAGACCAGAAUGGGAAGCAGUCGGAUAGAGGGAAGUAUAUGGUAAUUACGCUCUGUGAUCUCAAGUGGGAGCUUGAGUUAUUCCUCUUCAACUCAGGGUUUACCCGGUUCUGGAAGCUCACGGAAGGUACGGUUUUGGCCAUUUUGAACCCGACCAUUAUGCCACCACCGGUGGGUCGAGAAGCCACCGGAAAGUUCAGCCUGGUAAUCAACUCUGACGCGGACACCAUCAUGGAGAUCGGAAAGGCUCGCGACUUGGGCUUUUGCAAAUCCGUCAAGAAAGAUGGCCAGUUCUGCAACUCAUGGGUCAACAAAAAACGGACCGAGUUCUGUGAGUUCCAUACCAACGAGGCAGUUACCAAACAACGAGCGACACGCAUGGAAGUCAACUCGAUGGACUUUGGCGGUAUCGGGGAAAAGCACCGGUGGAACUCGCGUGAACUUCGGAAGCCAGAACCUGAACAAAAGAAAGGCAAAUACGACCGAGAAACACACAGCCAUUGGUUCGCCACGAAGUCCAUGAGUUCUGCGCAACUCAUCGACGGAGCUCAGGCACUUGCAGAUCGAAGAGAAAAGGAGGAAGGACUGAAAAGACGAAUGCUUGCCCAAGAGCGCGAAAGAGGGAUCAUGCAGCGCUUGAGCAAGAUCGGCGCCGGCGCCGGAAAGGAAUACAUGAAGCAGUCGGAACGUGCCCGCAACACCGCACCUGCGUCCGCCAGCGUGAUCGAGGAGCGGCAGCGGGUCGAGGCAAGGAACUCGAUCCUAAUGGCUCCGAGGAGUAAGGAACUGGCGAUCCAUCUGAGCCCGAUCAAACGCAAGAGGCCGCAGAGCGCGCAGUCCAGCUCGUCGAUCGGGGCACCAUCACUAUCGGCAGCCACGGGGAUCAAGAGCGGCUUCGGCUGGGGCGGCAACCUAAAGGACAAGCUGGCCAAGAUGAAGGACGGCGACAAGCUGAGCAACGACAAGCCGCCAGUGCGGAAGAAGACGAGGUUCGUGACGGAGAAGGGGAUCCGCGAGGCCGGGAGAGAGAGUCUAGGGGUGGAUAUGCCGCAGCAGUCGGUUUCCUUUGAAGAUGACGAUGACGAUUUGAUUAUUGUGUAA